AAUAACAUGAAAGCUUUGCUUUGAAUUGGUCCUUGCGCAUUCUUUUUAGAAAUAGAGCUGAAGUGUAUCUAAUCACGAUUUACUGUCAGGGCAGACUGAGAUCCGUGGCGAUUGCUGCUAUCCAAGGGCAAUCUCAGCGGUGUCAAGGUAGCCAGUAAUGCAAUGUUACCCAGAUUUAUUAAGAAGGUGCCGCCAGGAAAGCGCACUCCGCAUACACCGAUGAAAACACACACGUGGUAUCCUCGGUUAUUUCUUUUUGAGAUGCAAAUGAGCACAAUGAAAGCAGAGUCACUAACUGUCCGCGUUUGCGCACAUGCAGUUGUGAGUUGGUCGCGCACAAAGAGAGCUGUGUUCCCCGAGCGCUAGGCGGCCCACACAGCAGCCUCCCCGGAGGGACGCUCACGCGGCGUGAGAGCGCAUCCGUCUCCACGGCGACGGCAGGCAGCAGUCCUCGUGCCCUCGCGCUCUCCCUGAUUGGCCGGCGAGGCGCGCGCGCGAGACGAGGGAAGUCUGCCCGUCUUCCGGCGGCGCGCGCAGGAGCCGCGUGCCUCUUCAGCACACACACAGGUAGCUCCGCUCCGCCGCGACAGCCCGCAGGCCAGGCGGCAUGGCUGAGGACCGCGCCCCAGAUGCUCCAAGCUCCGCGGCGAAGGGAGCGAGGGUGACGAUUGCUCGCAACCAAAUGUCAUGGCGGACCACAAGUGGGCUGAAGUGGGCCAUCUACAACGCAGGGUCCGGGGGAGCCCUGACAUGAGGCAAGCAAUCAGGACCAGGAUGAAAAAAAGUGUCUCCUGUUCGGUGGCCCGGCUAAAGGAGGCCCUGACAGGCUUCUUCCCUGUGUUGCUCUGGCUACCUAAGUAUAAGCUGAAGGAGUAUGUCUGGGGCGACGUCAUGUCUGGACUCAUUGUGGGUAUCAUCCUAGUCCCACAGGCAAUUGCCUACUGUCUGUUGGCCGGCUUAGAGCCUAUUUAUGGCCUCUACACCUCCUUCUAUGCCAACAUCAUCUACUUCCUCAUGGGUACCUCCAAGCAUGUAUCUGUGGGCAUAUUUAGCCUCAUGAGCCUGAUGGUGGGGCAAGUUGUGGACAGGGAAGUCUUCCUAGCAGGCUUCGACAUGGGUGAUGACAACAAGUUAGAUCCAGCGGCCCUAGGUGAUGAGUGGAAUGAAACUAGUACACCCAUCUUGAGUACCAUCAACAUGACCUUAGGUGUCUACGAAUUGGAGUGUGGAAAGGAAUGCUACGCUAUCAGUGUUGCAGCAGCUUUGACCUUCCUGGCUGGAGUUUACCAGGUUCUCAUGGCCUUGUUACGACUGGGCUUUGUCUCAGUGUACCUCUCUGCUCCAAUGCUUGAUGGUUUUGCCACAGGUGCCUCAGUUACCAUCCUUACUGUCCAGGCCAAGUACCUCCUUGGGCUUAAGAUCCCACGUCACCAAGGUUGUGGUACCGUGAUUGUUACCUGGAUCAACAUUUUUAAGGCCAUACACAAAACUAAUUUCUGUGACAUGAUCACCAGCACCAUCUGCAUUGCUGUGUUAGUAAGUGGGAAGGAGCUCCAGGAUCGUUUCAAAGACCGUCUGAAGAUCCCACUGCCUACAGAGCUUGUGGUUGUGGCGGUAGCCACUUUGGUUUCCCACUUUGCCGAUCUCAAUGGACAGUACAGCUCCAGCAUCUCAGGGGCCAUCCCGACAGGUUUCAUCCCCCCAAAGGUCCCAAGCGUUGAGCUGAUGCCAAGGGUGGCCUUAGACGCUAUCCCUCUUGCUGUUAUCAGCUUCGCCUUCACUGUCUCACUCUCGGAGAUGUUUGCAAAGAAGAAUGGCUACACGGUUCGACCUAACCAAGAGAUGAUGGCCAUUGGUUUCUGCAACAUCAUUCCAUCCUUUUUCCACUGCUUCACGACCAGUGCUGCCCUAGCGAAGACCAUGGUGAAGGAUUCAACUGGUUGUCAGACACAGGUGUCUAGUGUGGUAAGCGCCUUUGUGGUCCUCCUGAUCUUGCUUGUUUUUGCUCCGUUCUUCUAUGCCCUGCAAAAAUGUGUCCUGGCCUGUAUCAUCAUUGUCAGCCUACGAGGUGCUCUGCGCAAGUUCUGUGAUGUGCCCAGGCAAUGGCGUAUCAACAAGGUGGACUGUAUUGUCUGGAUGGUCACCAUGAGUGCCUCAGCCUUACUGAGUGUGGAGCUUGGGCUGCUGGUUGGAGUAGUAUUUUCCAUGCUGUGUGUGGUGUUCCAGACACAGAAACCCAAGGUAGCUUUGAUGGGUCAGAUCCAGGGCUCUAACCAUUACGAGGACAUUGAGGAGUACAAUGACCUCUUGACUGUGCCCAAAGUGAGAAUUGUCCGGUUCCAGGCUCCACUCUACUAUGCUAACAAAGACUACUUCCUGACAUCACUGUACAAGGCAGUGGAUCUGGAACCUGUCAUUGAGAUCAGUAAGAUGAAGAAAGCUGAGAAGAAGGCCAAAAUGUUGGCUGCCAAAAAGACUGGGGAGACUAGCCCUGAGAGGACCAAUGGUGAUGUGACUGCUGGCCUAGUCUCCAGAGAACUUGAUUUCCACACACUUAUCUUGGACUGCUCUUCCAUGCCCUUCAUUGAUACCACCGGGAUGGUCACCCUAAAGGGGCUUGUCAAGGACUAUGGAGAAGUGGGUGUCAGAGUGGUGCUGGCAUGCUGCCAGCCUUCUGUGAUCGAUGCACUGAAACGUGGCUCUUUCUUUGGUGUGGCUGACAAAGAUAUCCACACUCUAUUUUUUCACACUGUGCACAGUGCAGUCCUCUUUGCCCAGGACAAGGCUGGGGAUAGGGACUCUGAAGUGUAAAGCCAAACCCUGUCAGGUCACAGUGUGAGUCACGGCAUAAAAGCUUUUGAUGCAAGAGAAGACUCAUGGAGAAAACUGCUAAUCGUUUAUAGGACAGAAAUAAUCCUCCUUGUCGAAAGUCUCAAAGUCCAUUUGGCUUGUUUUGUAAUAAGAAAAAUGCUUACAAUAAGUUAUUUUUCUUAAUAUCUAUUUGCGUGGGAAAAAAUGAUUUUAUGAAUCUGAAUAAUAAAAAAAUGGUUUUCGUGAUGCAUAAGGACCUCCCAACUGCUAGUUAGUGAAAAAGCUCUUUAGUACAGAAUUGGCUACCAAAAUUUGGAGUUUAUCAUUAAUUGAUUGUGACAGGGACAAUCGGUGAAAAAAUGUCUUUCCACCGUGAGACUUCAGUAUUUUGGAUGCCUGCUACAAUGUGGCUCCGUUGGUUGCUAUCACACAGGUCACCGUUUAGUGACUUAAGUUCGGCAUUGCUCGUGUCGGGGCCCACAUCUCCUGCACAGCCCCAUGCAGUUUGCAGGGUUAAAAAGAAGCGGCGCUAGGAGAGAUCAAUCAGAUAAUGUGUGCUACCCUUCAUCUCCGGUAGUUGUGUAGACAUCACAUAUACUAGCUCAGUCUGAUGUGAAAAGAACUGGAAAGACUAACAAAUGGAGAAAACGUUGAAAACCAGAAGCAAAAAGCGUUAUAGCUUCCUGCGAAAUUUUAUUAAUUGGUUAUUGGGGCUGGGUCCACUAUAACCUUUAGAGAGAAAGCAUUGCUUGUUGUUGGCGAGACACCAGGAGAAGCACUGGAAAACCUCAACAGACAGGCCCUACACAUGCGCACAGGUAUUACCAACCCCACACACACACACACACACUUGUGUUGCUGUAGCUAGCUGAUGUACACUCUGAGCUCAGUGUGGUGCCUUCAUGCUUCACUUGAUGCUAAAACAGCAGGAGGGUAAUUUUGUAAAUCAUGACUUGCACUAGUUCAGAUUAACUUGGAUUAGAUGGUCAUUUGUUGCCAUUAUUUGCUAUAGAAAAGCUGUGACAUCUGAUUCUGACGCCAUCGAUGUAAGUUAAGGUAAAUCUCAGUUUUACAUGGUUUUAAGUGUACCACAUAAUUACUGUCUGUGAUGACUGAAGCUGCUGUCUUGAAAAAGUACACCGAUUUGGAGCAAGAUCAGAGAAUGAAUGAGUACAAAAUUUGCAGCACUAUAUUAAAUCAAUUAAAGUAAUAUUUAAAAUCUUGGUUCAUUCUUACUACUGGUGUGUUUUGUUUUUAAUGCUAGUAUGUUCAGAGUAAAUCCUCAUGAAACUGUGUAGAAUUCUAUAUUAUAUUUUAAUCUCAUGUUUCUUUGAUAUUUAAAUUAAUUUGUAAAACUAAUUUCUGAUGAUAAAAUCCACCUAUGCAUUAAGUGCCUAUUGUGAAAGCGAAUGUUUCAUUAAAUGAGCUGCCCAAGCCCUAGUGACAUUCAGAAAGAUCCUGUAACAUUUCUAAAAAUCAUGUCAUGUAUUUAAGUGUAGAAUCCUCAAAUAAAGUA